GCCCGUGCUAGGAGGGUGUCCCUUCGGCGCUGCCCAGCCGCCGCCUGCACCAGCCAUGGACUGCUACACAGCGAAUUGGAACCCGCUCGGGGAUUCUGCUUUUUACCGGAAGUAUGAGCUGUACAGCAUGGACUGGGACCUGAAGGAGGAACUCAGGGACUGCCUGGUAGCCGCUGCGCCCUAUGGGGGCCCCAUUGCACUGUUGAGGAACCCGUGGCGGAAGGAGAAGGUGGCCAGCAUACGGCCAGUGCUUGAGAUCUACUCUGCCUCUGGCCUGCCUCUGGCCAGUUUACUGUGGAAGAGUGGGCCCGUGGUGUCCCUAGGCUGGUCAGCUGAGGAGGAGCUGCUCUGCGUGCAGGAAGAUGGUGUAGUGCUGGUCUAUGGGCUUCAUGGCGACUUCCGGAGACACUUCAGCAUGGGCAAUGAGGUGCUCCAGAACCGGGUCCUAGACGCCCGGAUCUUCCAUACUGAGUUUGGUUCGGGGGUGGCCAUCCUUACUGGGGCCCACCGCUUUACGCUCAGCGCCAAUGUGGGUGAUCUCAAACUUCGCCGGAUGCCGGAGGUGCCGGGUCUGCAGAGCGCACCCUCGUGUUGGACCACACUGUGCCAGGACCGAGUUGCACACAUUCUUCUGGCCGUGGGGCCUGAUCUUUACCUCCUUGACCAUGCAGCCUGCUCGGCAGUGACGCCCCCUGGCCUGGCCCCCGGAGUGAGCAGUUUCCUGCAGAUGGCAGUCUCCUUCACCUACCGACAUCUGGCACUCUUCACAGACACAGGCUACAUCUGGAUGGGGACGGCAUCACUCAAGGAGAAGCUGUGUGAGUUCAACUGCAACAUCCGGGCCCCCCCCAAGCAGAUGGUCUGGUGCAGCCGUCCUCGGAGCAAAGAGAGGGCUGUCGUGGUGGCCUGGGAGAGGCGGCUAAUGGUGGUGGGUGACGCACCUGAGAGCAUCCAGUUUGUGCUGGAUGAAGAUUCCUACCUGGUGCCUGAGCUGGAUGGGGUCCGCAUCUUCUCUUGUAGCACCCACGAGUUCCUGCAUGAGGUUCCAGUGGCCAGCGAGGAGAUCUUCAAAAUUGCCUCGAUGGCCCCUGGAGCACUGUUGUUGGAGGCCCAGAAAGAGUACGAGAAAGAGAGCCAGAAGGCAGAUGAGUACCUACGGGAGAUCCAGGAGCUGGGGCAGCUGACCCAGGCCGUGCAGCAGUGCAUCGAGGCUGCGGGACAUGAGCAUCGGCCAGACAUGCAGAAGAGUCUGCUCAGGGCGGCCUCCUUUGGAAAGUGUUUCCUCGACAGAUUUCCACCUGACAGCUUCGUGCGCAUGUGUCAGGACCUGCGUGUGCUGAAUGCCAUUCGGGAUUACCACAUUGGGAUCCCCCUCACUUAUAGCCAAUACAAGCAGCUCACCAUCCAGGUGCUGCUGGACAGGCUGGUGUUGAGGAGGCUUUACCCCCUGGCGAUCCAGAUCUGUGAGUACCUGCGCCUUCCUGAAGUGCAGGGCGUCAGCAGGAUCCUGGCCCACUGGGCCUGCUACAAGGUGCAACAGAAGGAUGUGUCCGACGAGGAUGUUGCUCGGGCCAUUAACCAGAAGCUGGGAGACACACCAGGCGUCUCUUACUCCGACAUUGCUGCGCGGGCCUAUGGCUGUGGCCGCACGGAGCUGGCCAUCAAGCUGCUGGAGUAUGAGCCACGCUCUGGGGAGCAGGUACCCCUUCUCCUAAAGAUGAAGAGAAGCAAACUGGCACUGAGCAAGGCCAUCGAGAGUGGAGACACUGAUCUGGUGUUCACGGUGUUGCUGCACCUGAAGAAUGAGCUAAACCGAGGAGACUUUUUCAUGACUCUUCGGAACCAGCCCAUGGCCCUGAGUUUGUACCGACAGUUCUGUAAGCAUCAGGAGCUAGAGACACUGAAGGACCUUUACAAUCAGGAUGACAACCACCAGGAGCUGGGCAGCUUCCACAUCCGAGCCAGCUAUGCUGCAGAGGAGCGUAUCGAGGGGCGAGUCGCGGCUCUACAGAUGGCAGCUGACGCCUUCUACAAGGCCAAGAAUGAGUUCGCAGCCAAGGCCACGGAGGAUCAAAUGCGGCUCCUGCGGCUGCAGCGGCGCCUGGAAGAUGAGCUGGGGGGCCACUUCGUGGACCUGUCUCUGCACGACACGGUCACCACCCUCGUCCUCGGCGGCCACAGCAAGCGCGCAGAGCAGCUGGCACGUGACUUCCGCAUUCCGGACAAGAGGCUCUGGUGGCUGAAGCUGACAGCCCUGGCGGAUCUGGAAGACUGGGAGGAGCUAGAGAAGUUUUCUAAGAGCAAGAAAUCGCCCAUUGGCUACCUGGUGGUUCCUGCCCUGAGACUGCGGAGAUCACAACUGUUGUAUCCCUUUGUCGAGAUCUGCAUGAAACAACACAACAAAUACGAGGCCAAGAAGUAUGCCUCCCGCGUGGGUCCUGAGCAGAAGGUCAAGGCCUUGCUUCUCGUUGGGGAUGUGGCUCAGGCCGCAGAUGUGGCCAUUGAGCACCGGAACGAAGCAGAGCUGACUCUUGUGUUGUCCCACUGCACUGGAACCGCAGACGCGGCCACGGCCGACAAGAUUCAGCGGGCUAGGGCACAAGCCCAGAAGAAGUGAAGGGCUCACCCUGUACGUCACCCUGCGCUCUAGGCUUGGCAGAAGCGUCACUGCUUAUCCAGCUUCUUUAGAGCUGAGCUAAACCUAGGAGCUGGGGUGGGGUGGGAGCUGGGGGUCUGAUUGUAAAUAAAGUUGGGACAUUUUAGAGCACUUGUCUCAUUCAGUCCAGCCUAAGCGAAAGCAUGCUGGAGGCAGAACCAUCCAGACACUUCAGCAAAACUCUGUGUGUUUGAUUGUGUUGGGGCUGGAGGGGGAGCUCCUCAGCGAUAUUUACAAGAGACCUGCCCCUCUCCACAGUUACCGCAGAAAGUCCUGUAACUAAGCUCCCAGCCCCUAGGAAGAUUACGAGGAGCUGUGCAGAACUCCAGCAGCAGCCCAUCAAGAGCCAAUCUGAAAAGCGUUAUACACGUACACACAAGAACCAUGCUAAACACUUCACCAUUGCUAUUUCGUUUAUUCCACAAGACAGCCC